CUCCUCCCAUAUUUGCUGGAUCCAAUUCCAUCCAUCAUCCUUUGUUUUAAUUGCCUGUAAAUUCUCUGUUUUUGUGUUAAGAUUAUGUCUUAAUAUCUCUAACCAUAGAGAUAAAUUUAUGAAAUUCUCUGAAGAAGACAACACAGGGAUUCAUAUACGUUUUGCCUCUCCAUCUGAAUCCCAGCUUAUGGAAUUGGAGCAAAUCCACAUUUUGAAACCUGAUGACGACCGAGGAAUCGAAUCACCUUCAGAAACAGAGGAAACUAUAGGUGUGGUUCCUCUGUCUUGCGCGUUUACAAGGCAAGAACAAUGUGUUUCCGAGAUGAAAGAACGCGAAGAAUCAAUCAGCAGACUAAGCAGCCUUAUCUUUCUGUACCUCAUCGUUAUGUCUGUCCAGAUUGUGGGAGGUUUUGAGGCGAAUAGCCUCGCGGUAAUGACUGAUGCUGCACAUUUGUUGUCAGAUGUGGCGGGUUUGUGCGUCUCUUUGUUGGCGAUCAAGGUCUCUAGCUGGGAAGCGAAUCAGAGAAACACGUUUGGUUUUAAACGGCUCGAAGUUUUAGCGGCUUUCUUGUCUGUUCAGCUCAUUUGGCUUGUCUCUGGUGUUAUAAUCUAUGAAGCCAUUCAAAGACUUGUUAGUAGAAGCAGAGAGGUGAAUGGUGAAAUCAUGUUUGGUAUUUCGGCUUUCGGCUUUUUCAUGAACUUGGUUAUGGUUAUUUGGCUAGGACAUCACCAUCACCAUCACCAUCAUCAUCAUCAUCACCACCAUCAACAUCAUCAUCAUCAUCAUCACAAGGAGGUGGUUGUGGUGGAGGAAGAGGAGGAUGAUGAGGAAAUGAAUCCUUUAAAAGGUGAGAAAUCGUCGUCAAAGGAGAUGAACAUUAACAUACAAGGAGCUUAUCUACAUGCAAUGGCUGAUAUGAUUCAAUCACUUGGUGUUAUGAUCGGUGGGGGAAUCAUUUGGGUGAAACCGGGAUGGGUUUUGGUCGAUUUGAUAUGUACUCUUGUUUUCUCUGGCUUUGCUCUUGCUGCUACUCUUCCAAUGCUCAAGAAUAUAUUUGGAAUACUGAUGGAACGAACACCGCGUGAUAUGGACAUAGAGAAGCUCGAGAGAGGACUUAGGCGUAUCGACGGAGUUAAAAUUGUUUAUGAUCUUCAUGUAUGGGAGAUAACAGUUGGGAGAAUUGUAUUGUCAUGUCAUAUCUUACCUGAGCCUGGAGCUAGUCCUAAAGAGAUCAUUACAGGUGUUAGAAAUUUCUGUAGGAAAUCUUGUGGGAUUUAUCAUGUAACUGUUCAGGUUGAAUCAGAAUAGUAAAAAUGAGAGUUUUUUUGUCUU